AUGGGGCAGGACGAUCCCCCCAAUUACGACGCAGCGACGCUCGUGGCGGUUCCACUCGAUGGCCUCGAACCCCUCAAACAUUUGGCCGCGUUCCAGGUGCGUUUCUCCGCGUACGCAACUUUCGCCGACGCAACUUAAGUACAGGUGCAGCAACAGAAGGAGAUGCUCGAGGCGGCGCUCAACACGGUCUCUAUCGGCUACGAGGGCGCAAACAAGUAUAAGGUGAGGGUAGCGCAUAAAUCAAUUGUCGCGGCGCGCCAUUGUACGCACAGCAUAUCGUUCCCCAAGAAGCUGAACGUCGAGUACAAGGUGUCCUUCCGCGUCAGAAGGACUUCGCGGUACUCGCGCGCCGUCGCCCGACGGGUCCCGCGCAGGCGCUCAUGAUCGGCGCGUUGUUGUUGCUAGACUACAUGUUUUUCGAGGACGAGGGCGCGUGCCAGUUCCAACCGUGGCGCUGCGUGUGCAAGUUCAAGUGUUGCGACUGCUACUGUCUCGGUUGCAUAUUCCCUUGCUCGUGCAAUUGUCCCGCGAAAGAGCCGGAAGAGGGAGCCGGGGCGCCGUUCGCCGUCGACGUCGUCGAGCUCAUCGAAGCGCCGGCGGCCGAGGUCAUCGCGCGCGCGCAGUAG